CUGGAAACAUGAUUCCUACUUUAUUCCUGGCCACUCUAUGCUUGGGGGUGGUCUCAGCUGCUCCAUUGCAUGAUUCCAGUUUGGAUGCUGAAUGGCAUGAAUGGAAGACAAGACAUGGGAAAACAUACAUGAUGAACGAAGAAGGGCAGAAGAGGGCGGUGUGGGAGAACAACAGGAAGAUGAUCGAGCUGCACAACGAGGACUAUGCUAAGGGGAAGCAUGGCUUCAGCUUGGAGAUGAACGCUUUCGGUGACUUGACAAAUACAGAAUUCAAGGAAGUGAUGACUGGCUUUCGAGGCAUGAGCACCACUGAGAUGAGCCUAUUCCAGGAGCCUCUGCUGGGGGAUGUCCCCAAGUCCGUGGAUUGGAGAAAGCAUGGCUAUGUGACGCCUGUGAAACACCAGGGUAAAUGUGGUGCUUGUUGGGCAUUUAGUGCCGUUGGUUCCUUAGUAGGACAAAUGUUCCGGAAAACAGGGAAGCUGGUCCCUCUGAGUGAACAGAACUUAGUGGACUGCUCCUGGUCAUAUGGAAACAAAGGCUGUGAUGGGGGCUGGAUGGAUGCUGCCUUCCAGUAUGUGAAGGACAAUGGAGGUUUGGACACCAGUGAGUCCUAUCCUUAUGAAGCACGGAAUACAACCUGCAGGUACAAUCCUAAGUAUUCUGCAGCUAAUGUCACGGGCUUUGUGAGAAUUCCACCAAGCGAGCAUUUGCUAAUGAAGGCCGUGGCUACCGUGGGGCCAAUCUCUGUUGCAAUUGAUUCUAAGCACCCUUCCUUCCAGUUCUACAGGGGUGGCAUGUAUUACGAGGCAAACUGUAGCAACGACUUAAUUUUCCUGGAUCACGCUGUCCUGCUGGUUGGCUAUGGUGAAGAAUCAGAUGGCAAAAAGUACUGGCUGGUCAAGAACAGCUGGGGUGAAAACUGGGGAGUGAAUGGCUACAUAAAGAUGGCUCGAGACCAGAACAACAACUGUGGAAUUGCUACAUAUGCGCUCUACCCUACUGUGUGA